AUGUCACCUACAAUGGCCCCUUCGAUGAGCAUAGACAUUAACGUACGCGGCAUCGGCAUCUCGUGGCUAGCAAAAAAGGUCCCCAAACCUCCAUCCUUUUACGGUAACCAGUGUCCCGGGCGAUUCGAUUUCAUCGUGCUCCAGAUGGUAAUCGUAAUCUGGCAGUAUCUGGCCCCUGAUUUGUUAUCAGCAGCCGGCGCGCUACAGCUCCAUUCUCUUCUUUCCCUCAUUUACCAUUGGGUUCACGAUUUGAGGAUACGGCACAAUGGCUCUGGAGAAAAAUUACAGGUGUGGAGGAUGACGGGAAGGAGAUGGGGAAGCCUAGCACCGGCACGGUGA